CGCGAAGUUGCGUUUCGGAUUUUUGGGAUUCACCAGCGGGACGUGGUUCCGCGUCUGGACGUGGAGACGAUGUUGUGAAGAGGCAGCGGUGUGGGCGCGGAGCUGUCAAUUAUCGGAUGCUUUUAAACCUGAAAUGUGUACACCCAGUGAGACCGUGACCUGAGAGCCCACCCUGAGGGAAGACCAGGAUGCGCCCUAUUGCGUCACAGCUUUUAGCCCAGACCAAUGUUGGAGGCCGCCAUUGCAACCCUCCUAAUGCAGCCUUGCUGCUCCUCCUGUGUAUUGGCUUCCCUCCCUCUGUGGCUGUUUGCCCACUUGAUUGCAUUUGUGCCAGUGAUAUAAUUUCCUGCAGCGGCCGCAAUCUGUCCACGACGCCCUUUGAUCUACCAAGUUAUGCCACACGGUUGGACCUGAGCCACAAUGUUAUCACUACCCUGCCAACAGAUUGGAUUCCCCAUCAAUUUGCAAGACUUGCUACACUGGUUCUCAGCCGAAACGCCAUAAGCCAAAUUGAGGUAAAUGCUUUCAAUGUCACGCCACAUCUCCUGCACUUGGACCUCUCAUCCAACCAAAUAACAGUGCUUAACUUCUCCCUCUUCACUGGGUUGAAUGACCUGAAAGAGCUCCUGCUGUAUGACAACCAGAUCGUCCUGACCAACCAAGGGGCUUUCAGAGAUCUUCACAGCCUGCAGAGGCUCUACCUCGCAGGGAACAGACUGAAGACUUUCCCCUUUGGGUUGUACUUUGAACCUGGAGGGCCCCGUAACCUGACCUUUCUUGAUCUGUCCUACAACAGGCUCUCUAAGGUGCCUGUCCAGAGUCUGCUGUCUCUAACCCAACAAGGUAGCAUUUAUUUGCAGGAAAACCCUUUGGUCUGUGACUGUGCUUUACUCGCCUUACUUGAGUACUGGAUGUGGAAACAGUACCACCCCCUGAUGGACUUCAGAGAUGGAUACCCAUGCAGGGAUAAUUCUGGAUCAGGGCCUAUUUGUAACCAGCAGGGAGUGUCAAACAUGCCCCUUGAGUCGCAGACUUACCAAGAAGAGCCUGGUAAAUGGCUGAGAGUGCCAUGUCCAGGGUUGGCAUCUUCAACCCAGGAGGGCCUUGUGGUGUUCUGGGUUACCCCAAUGACUGUAUUGAAUUCAUCAACAAAUGAUCCAAGUGCCCAUUUAAUAGUUCUCCCCAAUGGCACCCUGGAAAUCCAAGGAGCACUCUUGGAGGAUUCUGGCACAUAUGGGUGUGUGGUAGCCCGCCAGCGCCACUAUGACCCCUACGAGUCUGUUGAGGUCAAGGUUGUGGUCGGAAACUUGAGCACUGCCUCUGCAAGUGGCUUGACCCAUCGCAGUAGCACAGAGCAUUUCAACACUGCGUUCACCACCCUUGCUUCCUGUGUGGUCAGCAUCAUAUUGGUGCUGCUUUACCUCUACCUCACCCCCUGUAGGUGCAGAGAAAGCCGGGGUGGAUCGAGAGGGUGCGGCGGGCGAGCCAUCCUCCUCUGUUCAGACCCCAGAGAGGCAGAGUCAGGGGAGCGGCGGUCAAAUGGAAAGAGGGUGGCUUUCUUAGAGCCGCAAGCAGAGGACUUGGAUAUUGGCGGCUCCAAAACACCAGCAAUGAACUUGGGACAUGUUACCACUGAGGGAAUUCUAAAGAAUGGAAGUAGGACAGUUGGACAGACCCCCAUAGAUCCUGCUCAAAUAGCGUAGCAGGAAAAUUACAUUUUACACUCAUGUAUUCCUAUAGUCUGAACCACAAUGCUUUUUUUUUCAAAGUCUUGGUUCAGUACAAGGUGAAAACAUCCAUUUAAUGUAAACUAGAUUACUGUGAUUCUUGUGAAGUACUUUUCCACUGUAGGGUUUGUUGUUCUGAAGCAGACUGUACAGUCCUUCUGUAAGGGCAGAAUAUCAAUCUUGUCUCAGCUGUGCUGUAAGUGGUCUGUUUUUCAUUCUGUUCAUAUGGAAAUUGUGCAGCUACCAAGAGGAAAUUGUCACUGCAAAGAUCAGAAAGAUCAUAAAAAUGUGGGAGGAUUUUUAAAUUGGGCAGAGAGGAAUAUUCACACCUGAUUUGAUAAACUGCAGGAGGCAUUGAUGGCUUCUGUACAGUAUGUGCAUUGUGAAUGUUGCUGUCACAAAGAACCUUGUUAUAUUCAAUCCGUUUAUCUCUUCCUGUGGAGCAUAUCAUUUCAACAUGGCAGCCGUAUAUAUGUGAAAUUAUCUGAGCUUUGUCAGGUCAAAAUUUACCUGCUAAUAUAACAAUGUGAAAGUCCAAUUUUUAUGUUUUGACAGUGUCACUUUUUGUGAUCUCAUCUCUGUACAGUACUACAUUGGAUGGGUGAAAGUCAUGAAGAUGUGAUUGAAGGGUAGACUUUCAGCUUAAAUUUAACAAAACUAUAGCAUUAAUUGCUCAGGAAUUAGGGCCAUUUUUAUACAUUGUCUUUCCAAAUGCACAGUCUCACAAGUAACCCAUUAAAGGACAAGUUGUAUUCUUAUUGAAUUAAAGCUGAAAGUCUACCCUUCAUUCACAUCUUUAUGGAUUGGUCUAAAAUGCAAUUGGAAAUGAACUGUCCAAAUAAAAUACUCAAAGACAAAGUAGUUGCUCAUUGCACUACUAUUUGGCGGUAAGAAAGUAAGAAAACAGACAGAUAAACAGAUUUGUUUUUAGUCUUUUUUUUUACUAAAAAUGGGUCAUUUGAAAAGGGGUCAUUUGGAAAACUAGGACACAUGUUGCUCAUACUGUUGUGAGACCACAUAAAGUCCCAGUCCUCUCCAUUACAUUAAGUAGAGACUAAUUCAAUCUGCAUGGCUGGAUAACCACUUGAAUUAGAGAUUUCUUUCUCAUUAUUUUGGUGGACUGUCACAUUUAAUCUAAUGACUUAGCAUGGACCUUUAGCUUGACAAAUGAAAAAAGUAAAAGUAUCAAAAUAUGUCACAAAGGAAUACUUCUUACAAUGUCUGUAAAUAAAGAGACAGCAUCCUUCAUGCUUGUCAACCUGUUCCCUUGCUUGCUGUUAAAAUUGGACCUCCCCGCUUAACCUCCACAUUGCGGAGUUGGGGCUCCGCCGUGAAGCCCCAGUCAGCCCAGGUCAGUGGCACAGAAAUCAGAGGGAGGUAUGCGAGCUCUCCCCAAGCCCAUCGUGAUCUACAUUCCUUAGUCCUCCUUGUCAGUUUGUAUAGGUGUGGAGUCAUUUCCAAUGUGCCAAGGGUCUUGUUGUAGUUUCCUCGGCUGUACAUGUACACACUCUCCACUUUUAAUAUUUGUUGUUCUGUUAGACACAGGAUGCAUUUUAAGUAGAAGCAGUGAAAGUAUCACUUUGUCAAGACUACAAUGACUGAUAUUUGUAGGGAUGAAAUAAACAGUUUAAAUUUUG